AUGAGUUUAUCUCAGGCAUCAAAAUUAGUACAAAAGUUAAGGUUCAAAUUAAAUGACAGAAGAAAGUUAAAAAAUCUUGAUGGUCCACAAGGCCGUCAUAAUAAAAUACGACAGACUGUUACCGCAUUAUUUAAAUACGAAAGGAUUGAAUUAAAUUAUGGAAAAGCAGAUGAAUCUAGAGGCUAUGCUGAGAGGCUUAUAUCAGAUGCAAUUAAGUAUGGUGAGUAUCAUAAAGAAACAAUGAAAAUGGCUUCAUAUUGGUUACUAGAGGAACAACUUGUUCACAAAUUAUUUAAAGUAUUAGUGCCAAGGUAUCGAAAUUCUCAACAGUCAUACACCAAGAUGUGGAAAGUAUCAGUAUCGAAACCUACUACUCUUCAAAAAACUGUUUUGGAACUUCGAAACAAUAUAUACCCUCCUUUAGGAGAGGUAAAAACAAACAAUAAAAAUUUAUUACAUAAUGUUUUACUUAGAGAAGCAAGUAAAUAUUAUGAAAUGAAAAAAUCUUUAAAUAAUGAUAUUAAUAAAAAAGAAACUAUUUCAUCUACUAACUCAACAAUUGAUAAUACUAGUAAUGAUAUUGUAUCUGAUUCGAAAAGUGAAGAAAGUAAUAGUACAGAUGAAGAUUUAAGUUUAAAUAAAUUAAAUUUAGAAACAACAGAAAAUCAAAAUACAGUAAAUGAAACAAAUCCUAAAAAUUAA